CAAGGGAUUAUAUGAAGAUCAAAGCUUCUUGUUAAUUGGACUACUACUUUAAAACAUAAUACCUAGCUCCGAUGGGUACCUCAGAGACCUAGGUUGUUUGUAAGGGUUCGUUACCCCAGGGCCAGGGACGCUGAUCUCUAAAGGCUAAACGGAACAAAAUAAUGCGUGUGUAAUCUAUGCCAUAAAUCGCACUUUGCGACGCGACGGUAGUUGCACAGCUUCCAAUCCCGAAAGCGCGUGUACGUCCUAAUUGUGUAUACAGUUGUGCUGCCAACAUUUACGUUCAGUACUUUUAGUGUUUACACACUGCAACAAUACUUGAGGUCAUCUUGGACUAGACAACUGCACAACACCUUACACCCAUGCUUUAGCCAAGUUACUUCAUAUGCGUGACUAGAGGAAAUAUGGCGUCACUGAGAAUCCCGCCAACAGCAACUAUGCUGCCAGAUCCCACGGGCAGCAGGUUGGAAGUGUCAUUUCGACGACUCCUCGACUGCUGCACAAAGCACCUUCAAACCCUGGACGCCGCUGCUACCGCCACCGCCACCUCCGCCGCUACUGGAAGCGCAAGCGGGGGUGCCGAUGUGGUCAAGUCAAACGGGGAUCCGCUCAGUAGUGGUGCUGCUGCGGGUGGAAGGGCUGCGGCGACCGGCAGCGGCUGUGACUGUGCAGACAGCGACACAGCGGCUUUGCUGCUGCGGAUGCGACAUUACGUGGACACGCUGCGGGAGCAGCUGGCGGAGAUGCGGGCGCAGCGGGAGAGCCUGGGGCUGGACGGUGCCACACUAGAUCUGUACGACGCGCACGUCAAGGCGAUCGCCACUGCCGUACCCAAGGUGCCCCUGCCGCCGUACUGCCAGAACCUCAUCACAACCACCACCACCACCACCACACCGGUAGUAGCGGUACCUCACUCCCUUCAAUGUACGGCAACAGCAGCAGCAAUAGCCGUGGUACGGCAGUCGCCACCCCCGGGUUGCUAUCUCAGUUUCCCCUCCUCGUCCCACCUCGACCGCCGCCUCCAUCGUCCAGGCCGGCCUUGUCGCCCCCCGGAGGAGGAAGAGGAGGCGGUGGCGAGGACGGCGGGCAAGGGGGGGCAGCGGCGGCGGCGGGGAUCAGUGCGUCAGCGGCCCAAAGGCUGCGCGAGGCAGAGGCGGUCCAGGCCGCCCUCACGGACGAGCUGGCGGAGCUGAGCGCGGCGCUGCGGGCCAACGCGGCGGGCAUGGCGGGGCAGGUGGAGGCGCGGGGGCGGCUGCUGGCGGGGGCGGAGGCGGCGGUGGAGGGCAGCCUGCAGGGAACCAAGAGGAAUGCGGAGGCGGCGGGGCAGCAAGUCAAGAGGUCGCGCGGUACCUUCUGUCUGAGCUGCGGAGUGCUGCUGGCGGUGUCGCUGCUGUUCGUCGGCAUGGUGCUGUACAUCAAGACAACCCACAUCAUGGGCUACCGGGCAGCGCCCUCCCCCACCUCCCCCGCCUCCUCCUCCACCGCUGCACCCUCCUCCUUCCCCUCCUCGCUGUCCGCAUUCCUUGCCCCCUCCUCCUCGAGCUGGGGACUACCCGCGUCGGCUUCCUCAGCCCUCAACAAGCUCCUAUCGUCGUCAGCAACAGGAGCCGGGCCCGCUUUUGCGGGAAACGGUUGUGGCUCAUCAUCACCCAUGGAGGGGCAUGGUGACGCCAGGGACGAUGCUGCGGUUGCUGCUACAGCAGGCGAGGUGACCCAUGGGUCAUCGAGCAGCGAGGCGGCCGCAGUCCCCGCACCCCCACCCGGAGGAGGCGCUGCUCCUCCUCAUGCAGCACAUGCACGCGCACCUGUUGCGGCAGCGGAUGGAAGGGGAGUCGGAGCGGGCGAGGACGGUGGUCAGGGCGUUGUGGGGCGUGGUGGUGGUGAUGGUGGCGGUAGCAGUGCGGGCGCCGGGGGUGCUGGAGCCGGAGGCGGCAGUGGGAGUCGCGAGGGCUACUACAGAGGAGGUGUUGGUGGUGUUGGUGGUGGUGGCGGUGGUGGUGGCGGUGGCGGUGGUGGGGUUGGUGGUGCAGCCAGGGGUGUGAGUGGUGGGGGUGGGGGUGCAGGGAGGCAGCACCCGCAGCGGCAGGGGCAGCGGCAGGGGCAACAGCAGCAGCCGCGGUAUCAGCGGCAGCAGGGCAGGGAGAAGAAGUGGAGCCUGGGGGAGCUGUGAGGGUGAGGGCGGACGCCACACGUUGCUGCUAGGCCGGCAGCAGCGGGGCUGCUCCGGCGGGGUCACAUCUGUCGGGUGGGUACCGGUGUGAUGCCCGUUGAGAUGAGGGCGUGUAGGUGCGCUGCUCUGUUGCGCUGGCUGCUGCUGAGGGGCGUCGUUGUGUGUGCGCAGAAGUAGACGCAUGUUGGGGGUGUCGCGGGGAUGGGCCGUCAGAGGGUGGAGAUAGCUCGCUCGGGGAGCACCAUCCCGGACCAACAGCUGUUUGGGUACCCUUGGGUGGGGUACGAUAUGCCCUUGGGCGGCAGUAUGCCCUUGGUUGGGAUAUGAUGCCGCAGCAGGUGUGCGGCGGCUGCGGCAACAGAGUGAGACCCUGGGUGAGGUGGGGCUGGGUAGGCCGGAUAAUACCGGUAGUCGGGAUCCCCACAGCUCUUCUGGUGUUCAUUUCGACGUGGACUGUUACAGGUGCAUGCACUAACCAAAUUAGAUUGACCUAGCCCUCGAAUCCCAUGCAAGGCCUCCGUGAAGAAACCGCCAGUUACCGGUAUUGGGCUGUAGCCCAGCCUUGGAAUGUGUGUGUGUCGUUUUGCGCGUGUUGCGGCAUAGAUGCAUACAUUCUACCGGUAUUGGAGGGCAGGCGGCCUGCUGAAUCUCAUACGUGGAUUGAAGUGAUACUGAGGCAUGUGCUUAGACCUCAUCAGACCCUUUUACAACAUGGGAAACUUAGCCCUUGGCCCGUUACUCUUUUCUUAGGCAACUUGAGGUGUAUUGUUCAGCUGUACAAAAACACGGGUCCUUGCAGCAAUCAUGGUAUGGUACGAAGCAAACGGAAGGGCACAUAGUACAUGGCAGUCGUUGGUGACGAACUGACGAUAGGAAAAAGAGGGGCGCUUGCGCUUGCGCAUGCCUUGCCAGCUUUGCUAGCUCACGGCAUGGGGACCAAGUAAAGGC